AUGGUAGGAAAAAAGAAGCGCGGUCAUCCCGAUAUCGAGGAGUUACUGGCUCGCCCUUGGUGUUAUUAUUGUGAACGCGAUUUCGAUGAUUUGAAAAUUCUCAUUUCUCAUCAAAAAGCCAAGCAUUUCAAAUGCGAACGAUGUGGUCGACGAUUGAACACUGCUGGAGGACUCUCCGUUCAUAUGAAUCAAGUGCAUAAAGAAACUUUGGCAAGUGUCGACAACUCUCUUCCAAACAGGCAGGGUCUCGAGGUCGAAAUCUUUGGUAUGGAAGGUAUUCCUGAGGAUGUGGUUCAAGCACAUAAUCAGCGCAUAAUUGCAGGUUUCUAUCAAGCGGAGCAGGAUCGUCGUGCUGCCACAGGAAACCCUGCUCCAGGAACUGCCAAUGCUGGUGGUGGUCAAUCAAAAAAACCAAAAGUGGAAUCACCAGCAGAUUUAAAGAAAAGGUUAGCAGAGCACAAAGCGCGGAAAGCUGAACAAGCAGCAAAUGGUGGUAGUGGUGGAACUACACCAUUAGAUGCCGGAAUUUCUAGUGCCGCAAGUCCUUUGGCAGCCACACAAAGUCCCGGUGCAUUCAACAACUCUCCUUUCCCCACUCCCCAAAAUUCUUAUGUUGCUACACAAGGUGCGGGCUAUGGAUCAUUUUCUCAAGAACCAUACAGUCAACCUGCGGCAGCUUACCAACAGCCAUAUAACCAACAGCCGCCUUUCUCCGGACCUCCCGGUCCAGCAUAUCAACCUCAAUACUCCCCUCCGCAAUAUCCACCUAAUGCUUAUCAACCACCACCAUAUGGCGCUGGUUCCCCCCCUCCAGGAUCGUUUAACGGAUAUCAACCACCACCAUCUCACACUCCACCUAUACACGGUGGCCUUCCUAAUCGACCCCCAAGUCUACCACCAGCGCCUGGUCUUCCCCAAAGACCAUCAUUUGGUGCACCGCCAAUUCCGCCAUACCAGAUGCAACAAAUGCAUCAAAAGGGCGGUUGGAAUGGUAAUGGAUGGAAUGGACAAGACCAAAAUUCAGCUACGUCAUCAGCUUAUCCUCAUCCUCCAGGUCUUGGGGAGCAUUCGACUAACGCAUCUACUGUUGAUGACCUUGUUUCAGGUGCGGCUAGAGAUGCCGAUGAUGACAUUGACAAAAUAAUCAGAAUGGCAGAGGCAGGUAUUAAGCCUCCGAAUAGGAACUCUGUCGAUCUAUCAAAAACCGAAACUCCAGAAGCCGUUGCUGCUCCUGAAAGUGUCGCUCAACCAGAAGCAAAGACCGAGGUCGCCGAGAAGAAGUCCAAGAAAGACAAGCCGAUGAAAAUGAUAUACUCAGAUAAUGAAGUGAGUCCGGAGGAGAAAAUGGCCAAGAUGCCCAGGUACGCAUUUGUCCCAGAUGGAAAGAUUGAAACAUCCCUUGAGGAAUCUGUUGCUGCUGUUACUGUCAACAAUUGA